UCAUCCGCCUGGUAAGGGGGGGAAGUUUGAUCCUCUUUCUCACGGAUUGCAGUCAACGGGAGUUUUUUCUCCCAACUCUUUGCAUAGGAUUUUUCCCCAUUUUGGCUUGGUUUGUUUUUGUUGUUUUUGGAUUUUUCCGCGCAACGUGGUACGUCUCGACGCAGUGUGCAGCUUGCGCGCUCCGCUAAACUGGAUUUUAAUUUUAUUUUCAGUUUUUUUCUUCCCAGCUCCUGAGUUUGCUUCAAGCUCAUGACUAUGCUUCUUGAUAGCGGUCCGCAGUUUGCAUCGUUAGGAGUGGGGGGCUUCGGGACGCCGCGGCACCACGAAAUCGGGAACAGAGACCCUAGUCUGGGACUGAAUCCCUUCAGUGAUUCCUCCCACUCCGCUGCUUUUAAAAUCAGCCCCGUGGCUCACGAUAUCGCUUCCAGCCAGACAUCAGCUUUCACACCGCAAGCCAGUGGAUAUGCAGCUGCACUGGGACACUCUCACGGCGGGCAGGUGGGCUCGUACGGCGGGGGAGCUUUCAAUUCAACACGAGACUUUCUCUUCCGGAACCGGAGCGUUGGAGAGUCCACAGCUCCGAGCACCCAGCAUGGGAUCUUUGCAGCUUCGGCGGGGAGCCUCCACGGGCCGCCCGGGAUCACCGAUAACCCAGGACAUUUGUUGUUUCCAGGACUUCAUGACCAGGGAGUGAGCCACACUUCAUCCAGUGGACAUGUUGUUAACAGCCAAAUGCAUCUUGGCUUGCGCGGGGACAUUUUCGGCAGACCUGAUCCGUAUCGUCCUGUAGCGAGCCCUCGGACAGACCACUACGGGGCUCAGCUCCACAACUACAACCACCCCAUCAACAUGAAUAUGGGGAUGAAUGUGCCGACACACCACGGUCCCGGAGCCUUCUUUAGAUACAUGAGGCAACCGAUCAAGCAAGAAUUAUCAUGCAAAUGGAUAGACGAGAACCAGAUGAACAGACCCAAAAAGACUUGCGACAGGACUUUCAGCACCAUGCACGAGAUGGUCACUCAUGUGUCCAUGGAGCACGUCGGCGGCCCCGAGCAGAGCAACCACGUCUGCUACUGGGAGGACUGCCCGAGAGAAGGGAAAUCUUUUAAGGCCAAGUACAAACUCGUCAAUCACAUCCGUGUGCACACGGGCGAGAAACCGUUCCCAUGCCCGUUCCCCGGAUGCGGGAAAAUAUUCGCCAGAUCGGAAAACCUGAAAAUACACAAAAGAACACAUACAGGUGAGAAGCCGUUUAAGUGUGAAUUUGAUGGCUGUGACAGACGCUUCGCCAACAGCAGCGACAGGAAAAAGCACAUGCAUGUGCACACAUCAGACAAGCCAUACAUCUGCAAAGUGUGCGACAAGUCAUACACGCACCCUAGCUCUCUCAGGAAACACAUGAAGGUUCAUGAGUCUCAAGGAUCUGAAUCGUCUCCAGCAGCAAGCUCCGGAUACGAGUCGUCCACACCGCCAGUCCUGGUCUCAGCCAGCACUGAGGACCCGACAAAAACGCCGCCGUCAGCCGUACAAAACACGUCUGGUCACAGCGAAGGACUGGCACCCAACUUUAAUGAAUGGUACGUUUGAAGUCAGAAGAACAAAUUCCCUCUCAAUGUGGACCAAGAGGAUGAGCAGGAAAAAAAACAUUAACAAAAACUAUUCAUUUUCACUCCACACACAU